AUGAGCCUCUGGGCGAGCUCAUGGGCCGACCCAUCAACUCGGGUGACCCUAACCGGCGGGACGGCGGUCGUUUCUGACCAGGCAGACCACCAACAAAUCCAAGAGCGGAGGGGCGAUCAAAGGUGGGGCGGAAGCGCCGAUCUCCCCCGAUUCCAUGAGCAGGAGCGGCGGUCGUUUCUGACCAGGCAGACCACCAACAAAUCCAAGAGCGGAGGGGCGAUCAAAGGUGGGGCGGAAGCGCCGAUCUCCCCCGAUUCCAUGAGCAGGAGCGGCGGCGGCGGCCGCGGGAGACAACAACCCGAGGCCGAAUCUGCGGCCGUGCCCGUCCCGGGGCCCUGCGCCUCGACCCAUCGGGCUCUCGCCGAGUGCCACCGCCGUGCCGCCCGCGGCCCGCUGCAGCCCGAGGUGCUGUGCCGACACCUCAACCGGGCCCUGGCUGAGUGCGUGGUGAGCAUGUGUUGCCCCGGCGAGACCGACGCCGUGCGCACGCUCUGCGGCAGCUCCGGCACCGCGCUCAAGCGCUCCCAGUGCGAGCGCGCGCGCAUCGACCUCUCCCUAUGCCUCGAGGCCCAUACAUGACCUACGCAACCCAAACCCCAUGUGAUCCGGUACAUUCAUAUGCUGUUUUGUUGUACGAUUUUCUGUAAAUUCACUGAUGUUGAAGAUGUGGCCUGGUUCGGGAACACCCCUUUAUGCAUAGAGUGUAUAGUAAGAUAAGAGAGGAUCCAGGGACUCUGGAGACAAGACGUGUUCUUGUUACUAAAUAACUUCAAUUCCAAAUGCACGUUUCUAAUCAUGAAUUACUAACUAUUAUCA